AUGCAUCCCAACCGCAUACACAUCGAAGAACCCCUGGCAAGGUACCUCCCAGUGAAAGAAGUCAAGGCUCCGGUGACAGAUGCCCUGCAGAAAAACAUGUCAACUGAAGGUGUCAAGGUCAUUGGGGUGGGAACAACAAAAAUGGGUACAUCAUCUGCUUCCAGCGUGAUAUCUCCAAAGACGCCGCCAGCAAGAAUGAGGGGGUGGCUCCAGGACCUGGGAAGCCGGAAAAAGAUGGGCAGCCCCCGAUUUGGAGUUGUGGUACACCGAUCAACCCACGAGCGAAAUCGAAAUCGAGGACAAACGACAAAGCAUCAAGAACUAAGCCGACGGACGAUACGGGGAGUCAAGAGGUGCCCGGAGGGCGAGGAUGCCUGGAGUCAAAGGGUGCAUGGAGGCAUAAGUCAGGACGUAAAACUGCUGCCAACGGUUUACUGA